GCUGGCAGUGACUGCAAGUGUUUGGUUUUUGGAUGGUGAUGGAACAGCUGGAAUUUAGCGGGAUUCAUAGUCCAUUAAUGAGAAAAGAUUGAGAACAUUAUAGAACACACUCAAAGUUUAGGUAAGCUAAGUUUGCAUCAUGUCAAACUGGAAAAUCGCUACAAGUGGUCGAUAGGGAGGCACGCGCAAAGGAAACGUUCACCUGGUUGUUGUUGCGCACGGUACAGACGAAGACAGGUAGGCGCUAGACUUCUGUAUCGGACACAGAGAAGUUCCGAUAUCGGGUUUAGUCAGCACGAAAAUGUCCUCUCCUGGUAAGUCUGGUGGACCCGUGGUGAAGCUCGCUCGAACUAAAAGCAAAAAGAAGCAUUUUGUGCAUCAGAGGGUGGAGGUCUUCCGGGCAAGCAAUCCUGUUCUGAGUAUUUUCAUGUGGGGCGUCAAUCACGCGAUAAAUGACCUGUCUCAGAUACCUGUUCCUGUCAUGUUACUGCCAGAUGACUUCAAAGCCAACACCAAGAUCAAAGUGAACAACCAUCUCUUUAACAAGGAAAAUCUCCCCGGCCACUUCAAGUUCAAAGAAUACUGCCCGCAGGUAUUUCGAAACCUCCGUGAGCGAUUUGGCAUCGAAGAUCUGGACUACCAGGCCUCCCUGGUGCGUAGCCCCCCGGUGCAGGCUGCCGACACGCAGGAGGAGGGUCUGCUGCUCUCCUCCUACGACCGCACUCUCAUCGUCAAGCAAAUCUCCAGCGAGGAGGUGGAGGACAUGCUCAACAUCCUCUCCCAGUACCACGAGCACAUAGUAACAUGUCAUGGCAGCACGUUACUCCCCCAGUUUCUGGGCCUGUACCGCAUCACAGUGGAGAGCGAGGACACCUACCUCAUGGUCAUGAGGAACAUGUUCAGCCACAGGCUCAUGGUUCACAGGAAAUACGACCUCAAGGGCUCGCUGGUGUCACGUGAAGCAAGCGAUAAAGAGAAGGUGAAAGAGCUUCCCACAUACAAAGAUGUGGAUUUCCGUAACAACAUGCAGAAGGUGUUUGUGAGUGAGGAGCAGAAGGAAAAGAUCAUGGAGAAGCUGAACAGAGAUGUAGAGUUCCUGGUGCGGUUAAGGAUUAUGGACUAUAGCCUGCUUCUGGGGAUCCAUGACGUGCGGCGGUAUGAGCGAGAGGAGGAGGAACAGGAGUCCUCCUCCUUUGAGGAGGGAGAGGAGGUGCAGAAUGGGAUUCCCCAGGCGACCCCUGGACAACCACACCCAGCCAGCGGCUCCUACGGCACCUCCCCUGAAGGCAUUGCGGGGUACAUGAACUCCUUUAAGCCCUUUGGCCCUGGGGAGUUUGACCCCUACGUAGACGUGUAUGCCAUUCAGAGUGAUGUUGGUGCUCCCCAGCGGGAGGUCUACUUCAUGGGUCUGAUUGAUGUGCUGACGCAGUAUGACACCAAGAAGAAAGCAGCGCAUGCCGCAAAAACAGUCAAACAUGGGGCUGGGGCAGAGAUCUCCACAGUCCACCCUGAACAGUAUGCCAAACGCUUCCGGGAAUUCAUCGCCAACAUUUUCGCCUGAGUGCUAUUGUUGCACACUCCAGUUUGCCUACAACAACCACUCUAUUUAUUGACUGAAAAUGACUGCAUUACAUAACAUGUGAUUCAUCCACUGUAUUGUCAUAUUCCAUUGAACACUUUGCAUGAAGUGCAAUUGAUGUUUUAAACUUUAAUGUAAUUCUAAUGAUGUUUAUAGUUGUUAAAGACUACAUUCUAAAGCUACACCUGUCCUGUAAUAUGAUGUAUGUUUAAGACAUAAGACACAUGUUUAAGGGUUAGAGUAAGGUGACGGUUAUGUCAAGGGCUCGAGCAGGAGCUAGUGUGAAGCUGGAAUAAGAUUCAGGUGAUGCCUGUGCCUUAAAGUGUGGUUAUGAGUGUCAUGUCUUUAUGAGAUGUAUUUAUAAUGUAUAGAGGAAUGUUUGAAGAUGUCUGAAAUUGAAUAUCAAAAUAAAACCAUAUCCUUGUCUUA